CUAGUGGCCGGCGAGGAGUGAGUCGCGUAGACGAGCACCCUCCUGCGGUGCAGCGUCACGCAGAGCCUCAAGCACCGAGGUAAGAAGCCGCAGCCGCACAUAAGUCACGACAUCCACUGCAGCAUCAGCUUCGAGGAUGUAUUUGACGUAUAGGCUCUCACCGGGCCCAUAACAGCUGCUGCCGCCCUCUGCGGCCUGCCUCCAGCCCACCAGAUCCACAACGACAGCAGCGACAUCCACCAGCUGAGAUGGCUGCAAAGCCCCAAGAGCGGGGUCAAUCUCCACAGUGAGGAAGAGCAGCAGAUCGGCCACAGCCAGCUGGAUCUCUCUGUUGCCGUCGUCCAGCAGCAGCAGCAGCAACAAGUGGCGACGGGCAUCUUUGUCGAUGAGAAGGCGACGGAGCAAAUCUCGGCAUUGCUCUCUGCUGAGCCUGCCAGCGAUGUAUGCAUGAGUGACUUUCCGCGCCGCCGCCGCGAAGGUCCUGGGGUCCGCUGAGAGGAGAUCUGCCGCAAGCAGGUCGAGGUCGCCCUGACUCAGCAGCAGCGGCUCACGAGAUCCCUUCCUCAUUUUGAUGGAGGGCUGCACACGUGGGAUGGGUGAAAGAGGAAAGAGAGGGCGCACGGAACGAAC